GGUGGCGGGUGAUGAAAGUACGGCGAACUGCUCGGGCCGUUACGCCAAAUACCAUUUGAUUAGUCGGCGUUUUCACGAAUCAGCAAUAUCGGAUUCUUAUAGUCGGCUUUUCGAUACAACUGAGGGACGCUUAGCAAUUUCAGUGUAAGAGUGAGAGUCAGGAUACACUAUUCAACAAUCUUAAUAGUUUAGGAGCUUGCAGAACGAGUUUACGAUUUGUCGCCUUCUUCUGUGUGGGUAAUCGUGUUGGUUGUCGUCAAGAUGGUGAAUCCGAUGGUUGAACGUGCCACGAGCGGUAUGCUUAUCGGUCCUGACUGGGCCGCGAACUUGGAGAUAUGCGAUAUGAUCAACAGAGAUCUUGGGCAAGCAAAAGAUGUUAUUAGAGGAAUAAAGAAGCGCCUUGGAAGUAAAAACCCCAGAGUUCAGCUUCUUGUCCUGACACUCUUGGAAACCGUCAUCAACAAUUGUGGGGACAUUAGUUAUUCGCAUGUGGCAGAGAAGGAUAUUCCUCAUGAGAUGGUAAAAAUUGUAAAGAAGAAGCCUGACCUUCGUGUCAAAGAGAGGAUAUUACUCCUGAUAGAUACCUGGCAAGACGCUUUAGGAGGACCAACAGGACGGUAUCCACAAUAUUAUGCUGCUUAUCAAGAACUAUUGCGUGCUGGGGCAGUUUUUCCUAAGAAAUCUGGGAUGUCAGCGCCCGUACUCACACCUCCACAAAGACAACGAGAUGGAUUGUAUAGUCAGAAUCCACAUAAUCCUGACUAUCAGCAAGAUGCUCCCGGAGUCUCUGCAGAUGUUAAAUUUUCAACCUUAAGCUUGACCGAGAUCCAGCUUGCACGGGGAGUAGUGGAUGUCCUUACAGAAAUGCUAAAUGCAUUAGAUCCAGGGAACAAGGAGGGCAUUAAGCAGGAUGUUGUUGUUGACUUGGUAGAACAGUGCCUUAAUUAUAAGCAGAGGGUAGUUCACCUUGUGAAUUCGACAUUGGAUGAAUCAUUGCUCUGCCAAGGAUUGGCACUUAAUGAUGAUUUACAACGAGUACUUUCCAAGCACGAAGCCAUUGCUUCAGGAACUCCUGUCCAGAAAGAGAAACCCAAGCCCGAAUUGGUUGGAGCAUGUCAUGAUGCUCAUCGCCCUCUUGAUAAUACCAGAGAUAGCAGUAAACAACCUGAGAGGAACUCGACCUCAAACAGUAGCUCGGGUACAACAUCCGUAAAUCCAUCACUGGUUCUUCCUGCAUCUCCUGCCACUGAUGCUCCAGCUCCCCCGGCCAAGUUUGAUCCCAAAUUUGAUCUGCUGAGUGGUGAUGACUACAUUUCUGAUCCAAUUUCGCUGGCUCUUGUUCCUUUGGGUGAGCAGCAGCAAACUACUCCUUUAUCUGAGCAUAAUGCACUUGUACUUUUUGAUGCGUGUUAUGAUAGCAACGAAACAAUUGACGCUGCUGAGACCCAGCCGGGCAAUCCUAGGGAUGAAACCCAUGCUUCAGCCUCACAUUUCCAACAGCACCAGAAUGUUCAAUCUCCACAGGGUGGACUGCAUCUCAAUGGUUCUGGUCCUGGUCCUGGUCCCUCCUGGAAUGACCAGGUUUCCCAGUUGGGACAGCAACAACCCCUGCCACUUUCUCUAUUACAUGGUUCUCAAAACAGCGAGUCAUUUCCGCCACCACCUUGGGAGGCGGAGCCUGUGGAUGAUAAUGGCCCGGUAACAGGUGAAGAGUAUCCUCACCCAAUGAAGGUGACUCAGGUCGUUUUCACGCAUGUACAGAGUGGUACAUAUCCCCACGGACCUCAGCCAGUUUUGAAUGACCAAGUUGUAGGUGUGUAUAUCCAGCCAAUUGUGGGCAGCCAGAUUGCAGCACUUAAUGGCCAGGUUAGUUUCAGCAAUCAGCUCGAUUAUGGAGGAUCUUCUGGGGGCAUGCUUUCUCGGCAGACGGGGCAGAUGGCAGCCUUAUAUCCUCUGCAAAUGUUUGGCAAUCGAUUCUCUGGCCAUGGCCACGUCCAGCCACAGAGGACACAAUACCUGGAGCAGCGGAUGUAUGGGCUAUCCAUUAGAGAUGGUAAUGGCAUAAGAAAUUCAUCUUACCGAGUUUCUACCUCGUCUAAUGUGCCUCCCAGCAGGCCUUCUGGGCCUGAGGAUAAUCUUUUUGGUGAUCUCGUUGACCUGGCAAAGUUCAAGUCCAUGAAACCUACUCCUGCAACUGCUGGUAGCAGGUGAAAAUUGAUUUCACUUCCUCUAAAUCUUUUUGGCUCUCUCUUCUAUAUUUUCCGCCUAUUUUGCUCCUUGGUCCAAUUCCUACGCUGCAUAUCUGGGGCUGGGUGACGUCCACUGUAUAUACUACACCAUUAGGCUUUCUUUGAUUUAGGUUUUUAGGCCUUGUAGGAAUUUUGUCAUUGGAAUUCAGAAUAUUGUGUUGAUUUAAUUUUGUAAUAAAGGCCGUAUGGGUGUUUACAUUU